GCCGACGAUGGCCACCUUCUCUGAUGGUGUCGACGUCGACGCCUCAUCCAGCAUUGCCGAUUACUCUUCUUUCCAUGAUUCUGAUGGCGACGUGCGCGAGCUCCUCCAGAACCUUCUGGACAGCAAGGAGAAACAACUCCAGCAGGCUGGUGAACUUGGACAGCAGCUACUCACGCAGCGCGUGGAACUAGAAGAGAGGAUCAGGCAGUUGCAGGAGCUCGACCUCGAGGGCGACGACGGUGACGAUUUGCGGGACCACUACCGCGAGUUGACGGACACCAUCAAGGCUUGGGACGCAGAGAAUGAGCAGUUGUCAAGCAUCUUUCUUCCCAAGCAUACCAAUGGUUUCUCGACAUCGCCCCCGGCCGAGCUCUCGCGGGGUGAGGUAGAACGGACAAUGGAGCGGGCAAAGGCGUCUGCGAAUGGCACAAUCGCAGCUCAAUCUUCACGGCGCGCCAAGAAUGCAGCUCAUCGCGCGGACGAUGUCGAAUUUGCCUUCGAGAUUGGCAGCGGGCUGCUGUCCGAAGUGCGCCGGCUCCAAAGUUUGCUUGCCGAACGGGACAAGAAUAUGCAGGAUCUGAAGGAGGAGAGAGACGACCUUGAGAAGACGAUCGAAAGCCUGCGUGAGGCUCUGCGCCAGCAAGAACAGUCCUCCGACAAGUUCAGAGAAGAGAACUGGAACUUGGAAGUCACACUUCAGGAACUCCGGACCCAGCUGGCCGAGUCUCAAGCGGCCACUCAGCGGCUAGAGAGCGAGCAGAAGCGUCUUACAAAGCUGCUUACCACUACGCGAGAGGCUGUCGACCUUCACAAGAACGAAGCGGAACGCCACCAAAAUGCGUACGAAGAGCUGAAAGCGAAGCACGAGACCGAUGUCGCUCAAGCUCGCCGGCAUGCCGCGGGUUUGCAGCGUGACAAGUCCGACCUACAGCAGACUGUUGACACCCUGAAAGCGGAAGUGACUAAAGUGAGCAAGAGGCUGCCGCGUUUCGGGACGCCUUUCACUCCCAAUGGCGCUCUGUCCUCUGCUGCCCAAACUCCUGCUCUCGACGAGGAUGACAUCUUCAGUACUGGUGGUGCCUCUACGAACAAUAGGAAGAAGGUGGACAAUUCGGCCCUUUUCCCUCCCGAAGGCUUCGACAACUAUGACUCAGACCCCGAGGACUCUCCCUCUCGUCCGUUCAUCGCCCCGAACCAUCCCACGAACGAGAUCGAGGCUUUGCAGCAGCGGUUGGCACAUGCUCAACGACAGAUCAAUACUCUUAAGGGUUCCUUGCAGCGCGAGAAGGAGCUGCGUAUCGAGUAUAAGCGCAAGCUAGAUUCAACACCCGGUCCCAAGUCGGACGACGAUGAGGAGCCUGAAGGAGAGGAAGAAGAAAUGUUCCCGUCCGUCGAAGAGUCCAAGCCAAAGGCUCGUUUGACCUCAUUCCGAGUGGGCAAGACGGCGAAGGGUGCUCGCAGGGGUCGUGGCGGUAUGACUCUGCUCCAGCGGUUGGCUGCUCAGAGCCCUGGCUCGGAAUAUGCCGACGAGGACGACCUUGAUCCCUCACAGUCAGUGCCUCCUUUACCUCUCAAGCCUGGCGAUGAGGAGCACGCGCUGGAACUGGCCGAGGAUGACGAUGAAGAUUCAGAGCUCCAACGUUCCCCUUCGACUCGCCUAUCAUCCAAGAGGACAAGUGUUGACGGCAUGGAUCCUGCUUUCGCCAACGUAAUGCGUCGUUCGAGUUCUGGCCGUUCGGGUCCCCAUGGUGCAAGCCCUCUUCGUCACUCGAUACUCUCUCGAUCCGCUCGUGGUAAGCCGCACUCCCGGCGCAACCGCGGAGGAGCGGCUUUCCAAGAGGCGCGUCCACCUUCAUUCGCAGUCGAGCCUGAGGCGUUGGCAAACGAGCUUGGCCAGCUUGGUUUCUCAACUCUGGAGAAUACGUUUGAGCUUCCGGAGCCUACAAGGGAGCUUGUUGAGAUAGCGAGCCAGACUGACAGUUUCGAGGAGCUGUCCGUUCCUCAGGUCAUUGUACAGUCACCAACCCUCCCCCAAGUGGCACCGAACCUCCCGUCAGUCUCCGAGAUGGGCAUCCAGGUAGACCCCGAGCCAGCGUUCGUUCCAUCGAGAUUCGAUGCCUCCUUGCAGACCGACGAAGAGCCAGCUCCUCCCGCUCCCGUUCACACCGAGACUGCGAUACAGCACGAGGACCUUACUCCCCGACCUCUGCUAGUUUCCGCGGGAAUAUCUACUGAUCCUUUACCAGAGCCUGAGCCGAUGCCAUUGCCUGAGCCUAUUCCGGUGUCCGUCACCACCAAUGCUGUACAGACCGAGCCAGAAGCGGUGCUCGUGCGCCCGGCCCUCUCGACAAGCGCAAGUCAGACGAAUUCGCAAUGCCUGGCGGAUGUGGAUGUUCAGACCACUCCAGAAGUCGCUGUCAUCAAGCACGAUGUAGUGACCCAGACUUCACAAUGGGCUGACGAGGUCGAUACUGUCCCCGAGCCGGUUGUUAUCAAGCAUGACGCGGAUGUCCAGACUUCUGCUGCUGCUGCUGCUGCUGCUGCUGUGGAUGCUGCUACACCCGUCGCCAAGUAUGAUGCAGAUACCCAGACGCCUUCUCCUGUCAUCGCGGACCUGCCUGCUGUUUCGGAAGAAAUCGUCAUUAAGCACGAUGCCGACACACAAACGCCUGCGCCUGUGCCGCUAUCGGAGGCGCACACGCAGACCAUCGCGGUCUUCACUUCGGAGGCUGACGUUCAGGUGCAGUCCGAGAUGUCUACUCCGCGGAUGCCUCUUCGUCUUCGAUCCUUCGCCGACUCAGUGGUCGGUAACUUCAGUGGCGACUCUACUAUCACCAGCGGCCUUGCCCAUCUGGCUGCGGAGCAAUCCUUCGACGACGAUGACGUUAGGACUGAAACGGGUACCAUUGCUGCGACAGACAUGGAUGACUUCGUUGAUGCUCGCCAGACCCCCCUUCUGACGCCGACUGAGUCGACGGACGAUUUCCUUUCAAUCAUGACGGUCACAGACAACGACUUUUCAGAUAGCGAUGAUGAGAGUAUCAGAGCAUCCCGCUUGUCUAGCCGUCAGGUGUCUGCCUCUGGUUCAACAUCUCAGCUUCCGUCUCCCGGGGCUCCAGUCCCCUCACCGCGUACGUACGAAUCGGUCGGGGUGUCUGCUGAGCUUAUCGAGGAGAACAUUCCGGAGGAGCCGACAGUCUCUGCGGUCAUCCUGCCUGCUCCCAAACCUGAGUCGAAGGAGACGUCUAUUCAGACCGACGAAUGGCUUCCACCGCAACCUGCAUCUCCCGCUCCACCGUCUCCUGCUCCCACUUCUUCACCCACCCUAUUCCGUGUUGGUCCACCUUCUCAGCAAUUCCAAUUCAUUUCGCCACCAUCUUCUGCUGGGCCAACCACGUCUUCACAACAAUUCAUCACCACUCCUUCUACUUCCGCUACCAACGUACGGGAUACUGCGUCAUCACUCAUCCCAUCGCUUAUCUCGCGCCCCCGCACGUCGCACUCAGAUCGCAGACAAUCGAUCGAGUCGACAUUGUCUUCGGCUCGUGAGGAAGCUUUGGCUCGCUCGCGUACACCAUCGACCGUCACUUCAGCUACUGUGGACAAAUCUCGCCCACCGAUGAUGAUCAUACCGCCACCACCGCGCCAGCCGCCCCCCGGUGCUAUGCCACCACCGGCGUUCAUCCCGGAAAAGCGGCAGCCCAAGACUUCUACUGCUUCACAAGAUGUGCCACCACCUCGUCCCUCCUCGCCUCCUCCUCCUGAACUCAUCCAGCGUGCUACGACGCCAACCUUUGGACAGAUCCUAACCGUUCCCGGAGCGAGGCCUUUCGGCUUGCGCCAUCACCCUUCCAGCGUCGUCUCUUCCCAGAGUGGUAUUCGUCAACCACCGUCGACCCAGAGCUUCCAUUCAGUCCCGACCGGUCGCCCUGUGCUAUCUAGUCCGUCCUCGGUCGCGCAGAGCAUACGCGAGCGAGAGGGUAGAGGGGUGUCCACGACAUCGCUCACGUCGGGUGGCCACAGCCUGGACUCUCAGCGCUCUUCCGUCUCUUCCGAACAUCUGGAGUACGACCAGACGCCACAGAGAUUGACUAACGUGCUCGCUCCCGCUCCACGUGGACCGCCUGGCGGUGCCACCGACCCAACAAUUAUACAUGCUAUUACCCAGACCAUGAUUGGCGAGUUUUUGUACAAGUACACUCGGAAAACGAUUGGCAAGGGUCACGGCGAGCGGAGGCACAAGAGAUUCUUCUGGGUUCACCCGUAUACUAGAACAUUGUAUUGGAGUUCGGCGGAUCCUGGAUCAUCCAACGUUUCUGAGUCAAGCGCGAAGAGUGCAUAUGUAGAAGCCGUACGCUUUGUGAUUGACCCGAAUCCCGUGCCACCCGGUAUCUAUCAGUAUAGUAUCAUUGUCUCGACCCCCCAGCGAGAGAUGAAGUUCACAGCACCCACCAAAGAGAGGCAUGACAUCUGGCUGAGCGCUCUCCAAUACUUGCUUACGAGACCAGAUCCAAAUCCUGUGUCAUCUCCGAGCCAACAGCCCAAUGGUCUCACUAGCCCCGUGUCCCUUGAGGCCGAGCUACCGGACAAUGACGGUCAGCAGCAGCGACCGAAGGCUUUUGCUAGCCCGCAAAGCCAGCGUAGCGUGAGGACCAACGGAACAGGUGUCAGCGCCGAUUCCUGGAACUCUACGCCUCGUGGUCAUCGCAGCGCUUCGCAAUUGUCACAUCAUAGAUCGACGUUGGCCAAGCGUUCUGGUACCCCCGCUGCGGAAUAUUUGCGGUGGAACGGACCCGACACUCCUUACAGUCCUUCGCGGGACUUCGAGCACGUGCCUAGUCCUAACGCGGGAGAGCUUGACUUUGAGCUACACGAGGACACUCUGUCAGACGAGGGCUUCCAAGGCCUGGAGAAUGUCAGGGCGUGCUGCGAUGGACGGCACACGGUCGGUCCGGCAAGCAAAGAGCACCACCACCACCAUCCGCCGGCAUCCGCACCACCACCGCAGGCUCUCAACAACCGAAUAAGAGAUCACCUCGAUCCGAACCCGCAAGAGAUCACUCGGCCUAUCUCUCCAGCAUGGUCAUUCCGUUCUCGUGCAGGGAGCACGCACUCGACCGAGGGCACAGGCUUCUUCUCUCGCUUCGGGACCCGGCGGUCAGCUCGAACCACGGCUUCGGAGCACACGCGCCGAUAGUCACUGCAUGUGUUUUUUCUUCUUCUCGAUCCCUACUUGGUUGUUCGCUGUUUAUUCAUGCUGAAGCUACUACACUCCUUUAUAAUUGAACACUCCCGGUAUCCUAGUACCUCCCGUGUUCGUUAUCUAUGCAGUCUGCCAUCAUUUUUAUUAUGUGCGAGUAUAUUCGCUCUCCCACUCCUUCGCUUUUCUGGUCUGGCAUUAUUGAACAACGAUAUAAUUCUCUCUUAGCUCGGAGGCACUGUCUGGUUGUUUAGGAAUCAUGUACAGUAUCUAUGAUAGCUCCGAGAAAUGUUAUAUACACUAGGCGCAAGUGCC